AUGGCCGAGGCCCCUGCUGAUCCGGGCCAAGAAGGCCACCUUGAAAAGGCGAUCCUGCGGGUGCUGACGGAGGCCAAUGGCACCAUGAAGACAGCCCAGCUGGUGAAAGAAUGCCGCGUGACCAAGAAGGAGCUCAACCAAGCCCUUUACCGCUUGAAAAACAAGCAGGAAGUCUCCCAAGUGGCCCCCAGCACAUGGCGUGUGGGCGGGGAUGGGCUUGGAGGCAGCAGGGGUCCCGCACAGCUGGCCCUGCCUGGCCCCGCUGAGAUGACCCAGCAAGAUGCAGUUGCAGUUCCGGAGAAUCCUGGCCCCCAGUUCAGCCAACAACGGCAGGAUGACAUCUACCGGUUUCUGAAAGACAAAGGGCCGCACAGGGCCCUGGCCAUCGCCCAGGCCCUGGGCAUGAGCAGAGCAAAGGACGUCAACCCAGACUUGUACCAGAUGAAGAAUCGGCACCAGCUGCACUUGGACGAGGGGUCGAAAAUAUGGACGGUUUAUCCCACAGAAGAUUCUGGAAGAGGAAUAGGAAACUCAUCUGUUCCAGUUGUUUAUCAGCAAUGUCCGAUCACUAUGAUCUGCCAGAAUGGACCAAACAGCCACAUUUCCAUCGCAAACUCUGAGGCCACACAGAUUGGACACGGGAACGUCAUUGCAAAACAGAUGGCCUGGGGGGAGAAAGGCUCCUCGGCUCCCGGCUACCUCCCUCGAAUGGCACUGGGUGUUUCCUCAACUCAGGGUCCCGCGGAUGGCACCUGGGGGCCCCAGGACAUCCGCUUGGAGCGAUCCCUGCUCAAACGGGUGCAGCUGGGACAUGGCAAUGAGAUGAGCCUGCACAGCACCCCAUCUGAAGUCCCUGCCCACACCCCCUCGGGAAGCCCUCCAGUGUCGGCCACCCCGACCAGCGCUGGUGCCUCCUAUGAAGUGCAGAUGCCCCAACCAGGACCUCACCCUGAGGGGGCCGCAGCCCAGAAAGUCCACAUCAAAUCCUGCUCUCUGGAGGACGCCACCAUUGGCAACAGCAACAAGAUGAUGGUCAACCCCAGGGUGGCUGGUCCAGGAGGAGCCACAGAGGAGCAAGGGGAGGAUGCAGAUCCUGGUCCUGCAGCCAUACCAACCAGAAGCGACAUCCCUGGUGACGUGGGUGCAGCUGUCCCUGACAGCAUCUCGGUGCUCGCCCCCAGGAUGGAAGCUGUGACUCUUGGGAGCCAAGACCCCGAAGUCACAGAAGGGAGUCACUGCACAGACAAAACCCCGGACUCUGGAAGCCAGAGGGGAAGAAGGAAUCAGAGCAGACAGCCUCAGGCAGACACGCUCGGCACACGCUAG